CUGGAGGGCGGCUAGAGUAGGCAUGCUCGUAGUUAUUUGAGCUGUCGUCUCCCCCGCUGUCUCGUCGUUGUCUUUUUGUUUCUUCAUGGUCUUUCUUAUCUACUGACCGCGUUGAACUUCAGACGAACCUGUGUGCAUACUAUCUCUAUCCCAAGUGAACAAUGGGCUCAAAGAACACCAGACAGUCGGGGUCUGCAGAGGCCGGCACAAGAGACGAGGCGCAGACACCUGCACCUCCUUCUCAGGACCGACCAGCCUCGCCUACAAAACAGCCGUCCGCCGACUCGCCCAGGGCACUUGGUUCAGGUGGCCGACGGCGCAGCUCCGGGACCUCCAGACGGAGCGGUAGGUUUUCGGUUCUCUCUCACCCGACUUCGCUGGCAGAGCGGACGCAGGGGAAGUUCACUUUUGCUGGCCCAGACGACACGCCUCAGGUCCGGCGGGCUCAUGAACCGUUCGUCCAGCCCGGCUAUGCCGACCUCAACCCGGAGUACGAUCAGGCUUCCAGCGCGAAACCAGUAUGGAGCUUGGCCAAACCGCUACCGCGCGUGGUGCGACCGGGCAUGGUACCGACGAGAGAAGAACUGCUAUCAAAGCCUGAGGUGCCAGCAGAGAACUCCCAGAAACUUGGGUUGGACGUGGACCUGAGUGAGCUUGAGAAGGGAAGGAUUCAGAAGAGUACUAACCCUCGGAAAAUUGCGGCGCAGGUUGCGGAUGCUCGCAGGCGACGUGAGGCUAACUUGGUAAAGAAGCUCCUAAGCGGUGACGCAGCGUCCACGAGACGCUCAUCGUCUUCGAUUCGCCCUUCUUCAAACCGAUCGAAGAGUGCAGCAACUUCGGGCUUGCCGGUAGACCAGCUAACGCCGGUCGAAGAAGGAGAGCCACUCACGGAAGAUCAAGUGGAAGAUGCGCGGCAGGAUCAGGAUGACGACGUGCUUGAGGACGUUCCUGACGAGAGAUCGCCACUGUUGGGCGACCAGACGGACUCUAACAUCGAUGAGAAGAAUGUUCCGGAGGAUCUCCAUCCGUUGGUGGCAGAGCUUGUCGAAGAUGAGAUCCAUAACCACCACACCACCUGGUCGGUUAUCCGAACACACCAUCGCGAAGCACUUGCUGAGUUCCUCGCAGUGUAUGUCCAACUCACUGUCGGCUUCUGCGCCGAUCUGGCCGUGACUUUUGCCAAUGCAGGCAAUCCUAACACCACCGCCUGGGCUUGGGGUUUGGCUACCAUGAUGGCUAUCUAUAUCUCUGGCGGAGUGUCCGGUGCGCAUCUCAAUCCGGCAGUUACUGUUGUGCUCUGGUUUUACCGCGGUUUUCCUACGCGUAAGCUACCAGAUUACUUUGGAGCGCAGUUCAUCGGAGCCUUCUUGGCCGCAAUCUCCGCAUACGGUAUCUACUAUGGCCCCAUCCAGCACUACCUCAGCACCAACCCGGAUGGUAUCGUAGGGAGCUUUGUCACUGGCCCACAAUCGCCAUGGAUCACGCCUGUAACAGCCUUCUUCAACGAAUUCGCCGGGGCUGGCAUUCUAAUAAUCACACUUCUGGCUCUUGGAGAUGAUCAGAAUGCACCACCUGGAGCCGGAAUGAACUCACUUAUUGUCGGCCUCAUCAUCACCUGCCUGUCUGUCACGUUCGCCUACGAGACUGGAGGAGCGCUCAAUCCGAGCCGUGACUUCGGCCCGCGACUGGCCCUGCUCUUGCUAGGCCAUGGCCGUGAGCUGUUCACGAAGAGCUGGUAUUGGCUCUAUGGACCGUGGGCGGGUGCUCUCGGUGGCGCUCUUGUGGGAGCGUUCUUGUAUGACUUUCUGAUAUUCACCGGUGGAGAGUCCCCGAUCAAUUAUCCACUCGAACGGACACAGAGAGCCCUUAAGAAGACUCAAAUGAAGUGGAAACGCAGACUUCAUCUUGCUUAAGAAAGAACGUCUGAUGAGU